CCCCGCUGCUCGCCCGCCCGCCCCUAGGGCCGCGCCGCGGGCCGGGCCCCGGCAGAGCAGCGCCGGCCGCCCCGCAGCUCCCCCGCUCCGAUCCAGGCUCCGUGCGGCUGUAGGAGGAGUUUGCGGUCACCUCCCCCUCUGAGGCGCUGCGGCCAGAUUCCCCUGCUGAGGUACCACCCCAGCCGCCAAGAUGUCCAGCAAACGUGCCAAAGCCAAGACCACCAAGAAGCGGCCCCAGCGUGCCACCUCCAAUGUCUUCGCCAUGUUCGACCAGUCGCAGAUCCAGGAGUUCAAGGAAGCCUUCAACAUGAUCGACCAGAACCGCGACGGCUUCAUUGACAAGGAGGAUCUGCAUGACAUGCUGGCUUCCCUCGGGAAGAACCCCACCGACGAGUACCUGGAGGGCAUGAUGAGUGAGGCGCCGGGGCCCAUCAACUUCACCAUGUUCCUCACCAUGUUCGGGGAGAAGCUGAAUGGCACUGACCCAGAGGACGUGAUCCGCAACGCCUUCGCCUGCUUCGACGAGGAGGCGUCAGGCUUCAUUCAUGAGGACCAUCUGCGUGAGCUGCUGACCACCAUGGGAGACAGGUUCACUGACGAGGAGGUGGAUGAGAUGUACCGGGAAGCGCCCAUCGACAAGAAGGGCAACUUCAACUACGUGGAGUUCACCCGCAUCCUGAAGCACGGGGCCAAGGACAAGGACGAUUAGAGCCCAGGGCCAUUCAUCCCCUCUGCCUCCUCCUGAGCACACCCCUCACCCCUCGGCCCCCCUUGCUGCCCCACAGCAGUCUCCCCCCAUGGAAAACACCUCCCAGGACCAGCACCCUGCAUCAAGUCACGCUUGGAGGGGAAGUGCUCCCAUCACUGUGCCCAUCCAUCAGCCCCAGGCCUCCCCUCCCAUCACCUCUUCCACCCACAGGCUCGCCUCACUGGAAACCCCAGCCAGGCUGGGGACCCCCCCCCCCAAGCAGCCAUUGACACCCUCGAAGCCACCAUGCAGCUGGUCCCCGGGGCCGGGGUGGCCAUCCCAGGCGAGUCGGGGAUGCUGGCCAGAGAUUUUGGCUGGCUCAAGCCUGAGUGAUCCCCGUCUCGGGGCUGUAGCACAGAGAGAAUGCAUCUCCCCUCUCCUCCCGUGCUCCCUUCCUUCAUGAAAGAAAAUCACUUUGUUUCCUCCUCCCUGGCUGUUUUAUGGCUUUAGAGCCUGUGAUCUGAGGGAUUUGGGAAGCCGAAGCAGGAUAUAAAACCUGAUGGGUGUGA